AAAAUAAAAACAACAUAACUAUUUGUACUCUCCACACAAUACAACACAUGGCAGAGACUAGAAAAGUACAUCCAGCAGGAGCUGUUCUCCUUAUAAUCAACCUUCUCAUGGCUUCACGUAUCUCUCUCUCCCGCUCCAUCCUGCUCCUCCAACGCACAAACAACCACUUCCCUUAUUCCCAUUUUACCCCCAGACGUUUUCCCAAAUCCUAUCCUUGCCCUCUCUGGUCUUCGUCCUUCUCCCUGUGUCUCCAAACACUUCACAAAUCAUCAACCACAACAGCAACAACCCCUCCCUCUAUCUCUAACUGCUACUCUUCAAUUUCAAUGGACCCUGUUGCUGAUGAGGCCAAUCCUUUACUGCAAGAAUUUGAAUUCCCUCCUUUUGAUGUUGUUGAGGCCAAACAUGUUCGACCUGGGAUUCGUGCUCUCCUAAAGAACCUUGAGAGUGAUUUGGAGGAAUUGGAGAGAACAGUGGAGCCAUCAUGGCCAAAAUUGGUAGAGCCAUUGGAGAAGAUUGCAGAUCAGUUGACUGUUGUUUGGGGUAUGAUAAAUCAUCUCAAGGCUGUUAAAGACUCACCUGAACUCCGCGCUGCUAUCGAAGAAGUUCAGCCCGAAAAGGUGAAAUUUCAGCUUAGGCUGGGACAAAGUAAACCUAUAUAUAAUGCAUUUAAGGCCAUCCAAGAUUCUCCUCAAUGGCCAUCACUAAGUGAUGCUCGGAAACGUAUAGUGGAAUCCCAAAUAAAAGAAGGGGUUCUUAAUGGUGUUGCUCUUGAUGAUGAUAAAAGAGAGCAGUUCAACAAAAUUGAACAGGAACUGGAAAGACUAUCCCAAAAAUUUGGGGAGAAUGUAUUGGAUGCCACAAAGAAGUUUGAAAAAAUCAUAACAGAUAAGAAAGAUAUUGAAGGAUUGCCUGCUACCUCACUUGGUUUGGCUGCGCAGACUGCAGUAUCUAAGGGGCAUACAGAUGCAUCUGCUGAGAAUGGACCGUGGAUAAUUACAUUGGAUGCCCCAAGUUUUAUGUCUGUCAUGCAACAUGCAAGAAAUCGUGGUUUACGUGAAGAAAUCUACCGUGCAUAUGUAACUCGAGCUUCAAGUGGUGAUCUGAAUAAUACAGCAAUUAUUGAUGAAAUAUUGAAGCUUAGGCUUGAAAAGGCUAAGCUCCUUGGCUACAGCAACUACACUGAGGUAAGCAUGGCAACCAAGAUGGCUACUGUCGAGAAAGCAGAAGAGCUACUAGAAAAGCUGCGUGCAGCUUCUUGGAAUGCUGCUGUUCAAGAUAUGGAAGACCUUAAAAUUUUCUCCAAAAAUCAAGGUGCAAUGGAAGCAAAUGAUUUAACUCACUGGGAUACCGGCUUCUGGUCUGAGAGGCUGCGCGAGUCAAAAUAUGAUAUCAAUGAGGAAGAACUACGUCCAUUUUUUUCAUUGCCAAAGGUUAUGGAUGGCCUUUUCAAUCUUGCAAAGACAAUUUUUGGAAUUGAUAUCGAACCAGCUGAUGGUCUUGCUCCGGUUUGGAAUAAUGAUGUUAAAUUCUACUGCGUCAAAGAUUCCUUGGGCAGUCCAAUUGCAUACUUCUAUUUUGAUCCAUAUUCUCGUCCAUCUGAGAAACGGGGUGGUGCAUGGAUGGGUGAGGUAGUUUCUCGAAGUCGUGUUUUGUCACCCAAUGGUACUGCUCCAAGGUUGCCUAUUGCCCACAUGGUGUGCAACCAAACACCGCCAGUUGGGGACAAACCAAGCCUGAUGACAUUUCGGGAGGUUGAGACUGUAUUCCAUGAAUUUGGUCACGCCCUCCAGCACAUGCUAACCAAGCAGGAUGAGGGUCUUGUUGCUGGCAUCCGGGGUAUAGAGUGGGAUGCUGUUGAAUUACCCUCCCAGUUCAUGGAAAAUUGGUGUUAUCACAGGGAAACUUUGAUGGGCAUUGCAAAGCACUAUGAAACUGGGGAAAGUCUCCCCGAAGAAGUGUACUUGAAGCUUCUUGCUGCAAGGACUUUUCGAGCAGGGUCCUUUAGUCUUCGUCAGAUAAAAUUUGCAAGUUUAGAUUUGGAGUUGCAUACAAAAUAUAUACCAGGUGCGUUGGAGUCUAUCUAUGAUGUUGACCAAAGGGUCUCUGAAAGGACACAAGUGAUUCCUCCUUUGCCAGAAGAUAGAUUCCUCUGCGGUUUCAGUCAUAUUUUUGCAGGCGGUUAUGCAGCUGGAUACUACAGUUACAAGUGGGCUGAGGUAUUAUCUGCUGAUGCUUUCUCAGCCUUUGAGGAUGCUGGAUUGGAUAACCACAAGGCUGUUACAGAAACAGGGCACAAGUUCCGGGAAACCAUUCUUGCUCUUGGAGGUGGAAAAGCGCCACUAGAGGUUUUUGUUGAGUUCCGAGGGCGUGAACCUUCGCCAGAGGCACUGCUCAGGCACAAUGGCUUGUUAUCAGUGACAACCUCUGCAUAAGUCGCAUUUUUCAUACCAGAUGGUAUCCGGGCUGCUGUUCUUUCUUCAAAUUGAGUGACAAAACUAUAUCUGGUUCCUGAUGGAUAUUCUUGUCGUCAAAGUCCAAGCCGUUUUUAUCUCAUUCAAUAGAUCAUUAUUGCACAAUGAACUUGGAAAAUGAUUUUAUUCAAGUAGUAAUGAUUCUCCUUUCAAACACCUCU